UUUUUAGAUCUGUCAGUUGAAUCCUUUCAAACUAGUUACAUUUGUAACUAGUGCAUUUUUGUGAUACAAGACGUUUACAAAGAUAUGGGAAUGAGGCUGGAUCGCUCAGAAGUCCAGGAGAUUCUACAAAAGUUUGUCAUCAGCGAAGAUGACUUACAUAUCAUCAGCGAGAAAAUAGAGUUGGAAAUGGAAGCUGGCCUGUCCAGCGUGGACGGGUCUAGCAUUGCCAUGUUACCCUCCUAUGUUCCAGCAUUACCUGAUGGAUCAGAAGAAGGGAAAUAUGUUGCCAUCGACUUGUCCGGUAAAAAUUUGCGUAUCAUGCUGUUAACUCUCAAUGGCAAAGGACGUGAACCUACUGCGGUUAAUAACAAUUAUAUCGUACCCAAUCAUGUGAUGAAAGGUACAGGAGAUCAGCUGUUCACUUUUAUUGUCAACUGUUUGCAACGCUUUUUGCAAGAGUUCGGAUUGGUGGAGGCAAAUUUACCCAUUGGAUUCGUGUUUUCUUACCCAUGUGAACUUCUUUCAAUACGAUCUGCUCGACUACUGUGGUGGACUAAAGGAUUCGAUAUCAAAGAUUGUCUUAGAAAAGAUGUUGUCCAACUCUUAGAGGAAGCUUUGGAAAUGAAUAUGUCUACCAAAGCACAAAUCAAAGCUGUGAUGAAUGAUACCGUUGGUCAGUUGGCCGCCGCUGGACACAAAUACGGUCCGGAGUGUACUAUCGGGGUUGUGAUAGGCUAUGGAUGUAACUCUUCCUAUUUGGAAAAAACAUCUCGCAUUACCAAAUUCGAUGCAGAGGGUGUUGGAUAUAAACAUCCCAAUAUGGUUGUCGUAACCGAAUGGGAGGAAUUCGGAUCAAAGGGUGAAUUGGAUUCUAUACUUACGCAAUUCGACAAAGAAAUUGAUGCGGCGUCUGUUCAUCAGGGAAAACAGAUUAUUGACAAACUAACGGGUGCUCUUUAUCUGGGUGAAUUGGUGCGUCGGGUAUUGUCGCAGCUAGUAUUGGAUAGAGUACUAUUUGAUGGUCAACCAUGUGAAAAACUUGAUGAAGCAGAUGCUUUCCCUACAAAAUACAUAAGCGAGAUACUAGCAGAAGAAGAUGGAAGUUAUAAAGCCUGCCGUAGAAUUUGCGACGAGUUGGAUGUGCCAAUGCAUGGAUCAAGUGACUACCAUAUUAUUCGUGAUGUUUGCUUCGCCGUCUCUGAUCGCAGCGCAGCCAUCGUUGCAGCGGCCAUAAGUGCUCUGCUUCGUCAUUUGGAGGUUUCUCGAGUCAAAAUCGGUGUUGGUGGUGCUCUGAUCCAGUUCCAUCCGAUCUAUCACAAACUGCUCCAUGAUAAACUUGUUGAUCUCGCUCCGUUAUGCACAGAGUGGGAGUUGGUGCCAGCUGACGAAGGCAGUGCUCGGGGAGCGGCGCUUAUCGCAGCAGUAGCCGAGAAGAUGAAGCUAUACACUUUUGCCAAAACUAUCUGCUUAGCAUCCAUUUAUCGUGUGGGAGAUAUCGCCAUUGUUGCGAGAUUUGUGCUGAGCUCGUUCACCGUUUUUGGCUCAUUUUCUAGUGCAGCUAGUGCGUUCAAACGUAUACGAGCGAUGCCGCAUUUUGCUCGUACAUCGUUAGACUCAUGGCUAUUUGUGUGGUAUAUUGUUGCACGUAGCAAUUUUUCGCAGCAGUCAAACAGUCAGGCCCGACAAGAGGACUGUUCGGUUAUGUUUCGUCGUGCCACAAACUUGCUUGCCAGGUCAUCUGUAGGAAAGGUAGCACAACAACGGUUUCUCAAUCUGCAUGAAUACCAAAGUAAAGAGCUCCUCCAUAAGCAUGGAUGUACCGUGCAGAAUUUUAUCGUAGCAUCGGAUGUAGAAGAAGCUAGAGAAAAGCUGAAAAGAUUCGAGAUGUUGUUUGAAGGUGAUAUUGAGUAUGUAGUAAAGGCACAAAUUCUUGCUGGCGGUCGUGGCAAAGGUCACUUUAUUGGUGGGGAUGACAAAAUACGAGGAGUAUUCAUCACAUUAGAUCGUGACGAAUGUUUGAAAUCUAUACCAAGGAUGCUCGGUAAACGAUUAGUCACCAAGCAGACAACCAAGAAUGGAGUGGAAGUGAAAAAGGUGAUGGUUGCCGAAGGAGUACCCAUCAAGCGAGAGACAUAUGUGGCUGUACUUAUGGACAGGGAUUCGAAUGGACCAGUCAUUGUAGCUUCGCCAGCUGGAGGUGUAGAUAUCGAAACUGUAGCCCACGAGACUCCACAUUUAAUAUUCAAAGAGCCCAUUGACAUUGAAGUAGGGAUAACUGAUGAACAAGCUAUGAAAAUUGCGAAAAACUUACAGUUCAGCGGAGAAAUGGCGGAAAAGGCGGCCAAGGAGAUCAAGCUCCUGUAUAAAGCUUUCAUAUCUUCUGAUGCUACUCAAGUAGAGAUCAAUCCUUUUGUUGAAACGACUGAUGGACGAGUUUUUUGCAUGGACGCAAAAAUGAACUUCGACGACAGUGCUGCAUUUCGACAAAAAGAAAUUUUUGCUAUGGAAGAUCAAUCAGAACAGGAUGUCCGGGAAGUCGAGGCUCAAAAGCACAACUUAAAUUACGUAGGCAUGGACGGAAACAUUGCUUGCUUAGUGAAUGGUGCCGGUCUGGCCAUGGCGACCAUGGACAUUAUCAAAUUGAAAGGUGGAGAACCGGCAAAUUUUUUAGACGUUGGCGGAACGGUCACCGAGGAACAAGUCUAUCAAGCUUUCCGAAUCAUCACUGAAGAUGCAAAAGUAAAAUGCAUACUAGUGAAUAUAUUCGGUGGAAUAGUCAACUGUGCAACUAUUGCUAAGGGGGUAAUCAAAGCAUGCGAGAAGAUAAAAUUGAAAGUGCCUCUCGUGGUCCGAUUACAAGGUACAAAUGUUGACGAAGCUCGACGCAUUCUGAAGGAGUCUGGUCUACCAAUCAUCAGCGCAGGUGAUCUGAAUGAUGCUGCUGAGAAAGCAGUUGCUGCUCUAAAAUAGUGAAUUUACUUGCCUCUAGACCGAUCGAUACUGACAAAUUCAUAAACUUUCCUUAGUUUCCUCAUUUUUCAAAUCUUUCUAAGUUAUAUAGUGCCACUGUGUUCUGCCAUUUGUGUGUUUUCCGAUGAAUAUUGAUGAUCUUGCAAAAUUUCUCAAUUUCUAUGAGUUUAAUCCCAGUUGUCAUUCAUAAUUCUUCCCGUGCCUUGGUCACAUUCUAGUAAAUUGUUAAUUCGAUCGAGAUCUAUUAUACUCGAGCUUAUUAUCGUUUUCAAAGUUUGUUAGAUUCAGUAUCUCUUUUAGUGUC